AAUAUUUUUUUUAAAAAAAAAAAAAAAGGAUAUACAUUUGUACGUUUUUAUUUGGGUUUUUUUUUCCUCUAUGUGUUACAGAGGGAGUAUAGAUAAGGAGAAGAGGAAAUUAGUGAUGUCCUUUUUCUCUAAAAUUAAUUUCGAUUUAAAAAUGAAGUUGUGGCUCAUUUAUGGACUUGAUUAUUCUUAUUUAUUAUUUAGUGAUGCCAUCCAUGACAUUUUAUUUUUAUAUAAAUCAGAGCAAUUUACUGUGUACACUAUCAAAAUGAGAAGGCAUUUUUUUUUAUGCUACUGUUAUAAGAAAGAUGACUAUUCAUAUUCGUGAAACUUGGAGAUAGACCCAACAUUAUUACAAAGAUGCUGAAAGUAUUCUCGGAAAAAAAAAAAA